GGCGCGGAGGAAGGCCGGGCAGCCGCCGAGUGGCGCGCCAGUUCGGCGCGGGUUGUGCGCGCGCGAGGUGACACGAAUACCGCGGGAACCAGAAGUCGACGGAACACACGCCUCACAGGCGGUAUUAAGGCCGCAGGAUGGCCGGCGCUCGUCUAACCAUCAGCCUUCUAAUCGGAACUUGCAUGCUAGCGAGUGCGUUUGCAACGGCGAAUAAAAGAAACAAUCAUGAAGAAAGUCUUCAAGAUCUAUCGUUACGGGCAUCCGACCCGACUGCGGUAAAGCUCGAGUCACACGGCGCUGACUCUGGACAGGUGCUGCCAUCUGGCCCCACUUCCGGCGACCACUACGAGGUGGCGCUGGGAAAGGCCACCGUUAUCCCCGACCCUCCACGAGCCAGCCUUCUGGAAGGACCCAUGCCGGCAAUGAAGUUUAGCUGCAAUGGUGCGUUUGGCUAUUUCGUGGAGCCGUCCUUCGCCUGCAAGGCGUUUCACUACUGCGACAGAAAGGGAGAGCGUUACACAUUCCUCUGUGACGAGGGAACCACUUUCAAUCAGGUUCUGAACCAGUGCGAGCCCGGGCAGGCUCCAGGCUGCGGUGGAGCCAGCUCACCGGAGCCGGAGUCUCGCCCGGAGCUCACCUCGGAGUCUCGCCCGGAGCUCACCUCCGAGUCUCGCCCAGAGCUCAGCUCGGAGUCUCGCCCAGAGCUCACCUCGGAGUCUCGCCCAGGGCUCACCUCGGAGUCUCGCCGGCGGGGACAACCGGAGCGUCCGCACAGUCUGCCGGACUCAGUCGAGAAGAGGGCCGUCGCGGCAACGCCGAUCAACCCGGACGGCGACAUUCUGAUCGGCUCUGAGUCGGUACAGAGUGAGCGGCUGCGCCGGCCGGCGCGUCCCCGCGGCCAGGGUGACCGGGUGGGGGCACAGGACGAGCCGGACGCUCCGCAGCCCCGCGUGGUCACCAUCAGUCCGAGGGUUCCCGUCUCGGAUAGUAUCCGGUCCACCACGGGCAGACCGCUGCAGCUGACAGACGGCGGAGCAGAAGUUCCCGGCCAGUUCCCCAGUGGACCGGCGAACUCGGCGCCAUUCGUCAACCAAGCCGGGAACCAGAAUCCAUUCCGGGGCGUCAGCGGUUCCGACCCAACGCUCAACAGCAUGUUCCUUUCUCUGGUCCUGCUCGAGGUCGUGACGUGUUUCACCAGCCCGGCACCUUCUCCACCUCGCCUUCCGCUGCUGCCCUCGCCUCCACCGCCGAGCCUGUGA